AUGGACGACUCCCAAACAGCCUUCGCUACCUAUCCUUCCUACCCAUUUGACUUCGACAUGAUGAAGCGCUCUAUGGAUACCGUAGGCGGUCCCGACGCCAAAAAGGCCCGCUGGUCUCCUACUUCUUUCGCCGCCAACGGCACCAACGGUCUUGCCUCGGCUACGCGCGAUGCGUUCGCCAACUACGGUUACGGGCCCCAGGCCAACAUCUCCCAAGCUCAGGGUGGAUACAACGGCUCCCCUCCCUCCGCCACCUUCGGCAACAACCCCCUCUACUCCACCUCCCUCAACACCCCCACCAACGGAAACGGCAUGUCUCAGCAGAUGAGCCCCAACACGGCGACCGCCUUCGCACAACAGCAGGCCCAGCAGCAGCAGCAACAACAGAACAACAACGGUAAUGCCUGGGGCGCGUACAACAUGCUCGGAAUGGGGCUUCCUGGGAUGCUUGGCGUCGGUGCCUUCCCUUACAACAACCAACUCGGCAACUUCGCCCAGUCGCGCGUUCCUUCUCUGAACCUCAACCUCGGCCAGCAGUCUAACUUCAAUGCUGGCGCGCUUAACGGCCUCAACGGCCUCAACGCGACCAACGCCACUGGACGUACCGUUUACGUAGGAAACCUGCCUUCCACCGCUUCCGUCGACGAGCUCCUCAGCCUUGUCCACUUCGGCCCUCUCGAGUCCAUCCGAGUCCUCCCCGAGAAGUCCUGCGUCUUCCUCUCCUUCUUGGAUGGCGCUACCGCCGCUUCGUUCCACGCAGAUGCAACCAUCAAGAAGUUGGCCCUGCACGGCCAGGAGCUCAAGAUCGGUUGGGGCAAACCUUCGCCCGUGCCUAGCCAGGUCGCCCUGGCGAUCAGCCAAAGCAACGCGAGCAGGAACGUGUAUUUGGGAGGUCUGGACGAGAACACCACCGAAGAGAUGUUGAGGGAUGACUUGAGCCGUUUCGGUCUUAUUGACCAGGUCAAGAUCGUCAGGGACAAGAACAUCGGUUUCGUCCAUUUCUUGAGCAUCUCUGUUGCCACCAAGGUCGUAAAUACCCUCCCCACUGAGCCCGCCUGGGCUGGAAAGCGUGUCAACUACGGCAAGGACCGUUGCGCCUACGUCCCGAAGUCGCAACAGGCUGCCGCCCACGCCGCCCAAGCUGCUGCCGCCCAAUCCCUCGUCGCGCAAUCCGCGCUCUCGCCCAUCCAGCCUAACUCCGCCACUGGUUUCGGUGGACCCAACUCUGCCGGCUUCUCGCCGUUCAGCCCCUACUCGGCUGCGUUCGCGCCCGACAGCAUGAACGGUCUCCAGAGCGCUGGCGUUGGUGCCCAGGGAUUGAACAGGACCGUCUACUUGGGUAACAUCCACCCGGAGACGACGACGGAGGACUUGUGCAACGCCAUCCGUGGAGGUGUCUUGCAGAGUAUUAGGUACAUGCAGGACAAGCACAUUGCUUUUGUGACGUUCAUCGACCCCGCCGCGGCCUUUACGUUCUUCCAAGUGGCCUCGUACCAGGGCCUCACGCUCAACAACCGCCGCCUUAAGAUCGGCUGGGGCAAGAACUCGGGCCCGCUUCCUCCCGCGCUCGCGCUUGCUGUCCACUCUGGUGCGACGAGGAACGUUUACAUCGGAAAUAUUGAGGACUUCGAGACCUUCAGCGAGGAGAGGUUGAAGAGGGACUUCGGAGAGUACGGAGAUAUCGAGUUGGUGAACUUCUUGAGGGAGAAGAACUGCGCAUUUGUUAACUUCACCAACAUUUCGAACGCCAUCAAGGCCAUUGACGGCGUCAAGAACAAGCCUGACUACACCAACCUUCGUAUCGCUCACGGUAAGGACCGUUGCGCCAACCCGCCGCGCUCCGGACCCCAGGGUGGUAGCUCCGCGAGGAGGAAUGCAUCGGGCAACAGCAUCAACUCCAACGGUGCCGCUAAUGGUGAUGGCUUGGAGGGGGAGGGCCUCGGUGAAGACGCCGUGAUGGUGAUGGGCGACGAGGGUGUGCCCCUCGACGCCGGUGCGGUAGAGGCAGUCAACGUCGUGGGUGCUUGA